AUGACGACGGUCGCCUCCCGAGUCGCUUCCAUCUGCGAAUUGAUCGACAACUUAGCCGCUGGUACAACUCUGAGCGCCAGGCGAGUUGCCGCCAUCUCCGCCAUGAUCGACGAGGUCGCCCAGGGAAGGAGGAGGAGGACCACGAGGAAGCGACGCAUGGGCAACUCUCGCUGCUACGAGCAGGUGUGCACGCUCGGCGGCGGCACGUUCGGCGUCGUCGUCAAGGCGCGCCACCGCGCCACCGGCCAGACCGUCGCUGUGAAGACUCUCCGCAGCUUGCCCACCCAAGAAUCGGUCGGUGAGCUCCUUCGGGAGGCCUGCUUCAUGGCGGCCUGCAGCGGCCACCCCUCCCUCGUUGCUCUGCGUGGCGUCGUGCGCACACCCGGCACCAAGGGAUGCAAGGACUACUUCCUCGUGAUGGAAUACGUCGGGCGCAACCUGUACGAGGUCCUCCGUGAGCGCAUCGAACGCGGUGGCCAACCGUACCCAGAGGCUGACGUGCUCUGCAUCGUGCGGCAGUUGCUAGCCGGCGUGGAGACGAUGCACAGGAACGGCGUCGUGCACCGCGACAUCAAGCCGGAAAACAUUCUCGUCGCCCAGCACAGUGGCAGCGGCGGCAACAUCGUCAAGAUUGGAGACUACGGGCUGGCGCUCUCCACGGCCGAGCAGGAAGACGGCACGGCCGGAACGAGGCAUUACAUGGCGCCGGAAGUGCUGCUCGAGAAACCGGACCGCGACACGCUCGUCGACAUCUGGUCCAUCGGCUGCGUGAUGGCGGAGCUCCUCACCGGAAAGACGUUGUUCAAGGGGGACGACAAAGCCGAUCAGCUCCACAAGAUCUUCGACCUGCUCGGCGUGCCAGGCGAGAGAGCGUCGGGGCCCGCCUUCAACUCGCCGCUCCUCGGAGAGGAGGUGCAGCUAUGGCGAGCGCGGCAACGGUCCGCUGCUGGGCCCAAGAACCGGCUGCGCAAGCUGUUCCCCAAGGCGCUGCUAUCCAAGGAAGGGUUCGAGGUCCUCCGGGGCCUCCUUGCGUGCAAUCCCCUCAGGCGGCUGGAUGCGGCCGCCGCUCUCCGACUUCCGUGGUUCGCUGACACAGGCGGCAUGCCGGUCGCCGCUGUUCAGGAGAUCUCAGCACCAACCACGAGGGCCCGAGGCUGA